AUGUCUAUCCCAAAUGAAGCUCUCCAGAAGCUCCUCCAAGAAAUCGAAGCGCGAGUGAUCACCUCGCAGCAACAAAUCGGGAUCACGAAGGCGCAGAUGACCAGCAAGAACCGCGAUAUUCGGAUGCUCGAGUUGACGACGAAGGAGAUUGGGUCGCUACCUAGUGAUACGAGAGUUUACGAAGGGGUUGGAAAGAUGUUCGUUGGUGUGCCCAGAUCAACGGUCGAUAAGCGGAUAACGACAGAGAGCGGGGAGCUGAAGGGGGAGAUUGAGGGACUGGAGAAGAGGAUGCAUUAUUUGGAGAUGACAUAUAAGAACAGUCGGGAGAACUUGGAGGCUAUAUUGAAAUCCGGUGGAAAGGCGUGAUUUUCUUUUAUUUUCUGUCUAUGGGAACAUACCUACGAAUGGGACAAAAUUAUGACACCAUUUAUGAGUGCUUGCUUGCCGGGUUAUCAGAGCCCAUCGUCCCUAACGAAAUGUAACUGCAUACAUCGGUGCCAUCGUCUCUCGAUCGGGCCCAGUCCUUGGAGGAACGAGCAGUUCGGCCAAAUACUGACAAAAGAAAUGGCACGUUCUAUGCGAAGGGUGCGAUCCUUGCCACUGGGUCCGCAGGUGGGAUUGGAUGGCUAGCAAUUACGAGCAGUCACGCUUUUCCCUGUGGUUAGCAAUCUAUGGGACUAGCACAUGAAUCUGGAUGAUACGGGUUGCUGAGUAUCUGUUAAAAUGAGUUGCUGUUGACGGGUGGGAUGGAGGGAUGCUGCUGUGUAGCAUGAGCACAUAUGGCAAAAAAUGUGGAGGAGUAUUUGCAGUUGUGUAAAUUUUGUUUUUGAGGCAAAGAAGUU